UACCUAUUUAAGUAACUUGAGUUAGUAAUGCUAAGAUGCAUGCAUGCCAGCACUUUCUGCUGUUCUUUGUCUUUCAAUAACACCUUCCUCUAUUUCAUUUUUACGAUAACUUCUGAUUAACUCUGUAAUCCCGAACAUUAUCUCAUAUAAUCCCAUAUUCACCCUUAAUCAUCCAUACAUUAAUCUAACAAUCAAAUGUUUCCGCUUGUUGUAAGCCUCAUAGCAAUCGCCAUCAUAAGUUUGACACAUUGGCUGUUCAGAUGGUGGAAUCCAAAAUGCAAUGGGACACUUCCGCCAGGUUCAAUGGGCUGGCCACUUAUCGGUGAAACUCUUCAGUUCUUUGCCCCAAAUACUACCUUCGACAUUUCUCCCUUUGUCAAACAACGGAUGAAAAGAUUUGGGCCAGUAUUCAAAACCAGUUUAGUUGGAAGACCGAUUAUAGUCUCAGCUGAUCCAGAGCUUAGCCAUAUAAUCUUUCAACAAGAAGGCCAAACAUUUCAGAGCUGGUAUCCAGACACAUUUACAGAAAUUUUUGGGAAAGAAAAUGUCGGGUCCUUACACGGGUUCAUGUACAAGUAUCUUAAAAACAUGGUAUUAAGUCUUUUCGGUCCUGAAAGCCUAAAGAAGAUGCUACCUGAAGUUGAAGAUACAGUGCUUAGACAGCUAAAUCAGUGGUCUGAACUGGAUACAGUGGAGAUUAAAGAUGCAACAGCUAGCAUGAUUUUCAAUCUCACAGCCAAAAAGCUAAUCAGCCAUGACGCGGAAAACUCUCCAGAAAAUCUAAGGGAGAGUUUUGUUGCUUUCAUUAAGGGACUAAUCUCCUUCCCUUUAAACAUUCCCGGUACAGCAUACCACAAAUGCUUACAGGGAAGAAAUAAGGCAAUGAAGAUGCUGAAAAAAAUGCUACAGGAGAGAAGAAUGAUGCCUAGAAAACAGAACACAGACUUUUUUGAUUAUGUCCUCAUUGAACUGGCAAAGGAGGGAACACCACUAACAGAAGGAAUUGCUUUGGACCUAAUGUUUGUGCUUCUCUUUGCUAGCUUUGAGACAACCUCCCUGGCUCUAACUGUUGCCUUGAAAUAUCUCUCAGAUUACCCUCUGGUCCUACAAACACUGACGGAAGAGCACGAAGCGAUUCUAAAGAGGCGUGAAAAUCCAGAUUCUCACCUUAAAUGGAGUGAAUACAAGUCAAUGACAUUCACUUUUCAGUUUAUCAAUGAAACAGUUAGGAUGGCAAAUAUAGUUCCAGGAAUUUUCAGAAAAGCACUAAGAGAUGUCAGCUACAAGGGCUAUACCAUUCCAGCUGGUUGGGGUGUCAUGGUCUGUCCUCCAGCUGUACACUUGAACCCUGCCAGAUAUGAAAAUCCCCUUGACUUCAAUCCGUGGAGAUGGGAGGGAGGAGAAAUAAACGGUGCAUCCAAACAUUUCAUGGCUUUCGGGGGAGGUAUGAGAUUUUGUGUCGGGACAGACUUUACCAAGGUGCAAAUGGCAGUAUUUCUACACUGCUUAGUUACAAAAUACAGGUGGAAUCCAGUGAAAGGAGGGAACAUCGUUCGGACCCCUGGCUUACAGUUUCCAGAUGGCUUUCACAUUCAGUUGGCUAAGAAACAGAAUCUAUCAAAUGAUUCUCCUUCAUAAAUAUAGCAUUACAAGUGAUUUCAGGCCACGAUAAUAAGAGACCAAUACUAACAAAAAAGGAAUGGAGAACAAAUAUUUACAGUUUCUCCACCAAAAAAAGAGCAACCGUGAACAGUUUUCUUGUAAUAGUUACAGUUUUUGUAUACAUUGUCUAUUUUUUUACCCUUCAUCUUUUCAACAUCUGUGAAAGAACAUAUGUUUGAAAAAGAAGGGGUUUAGGUUUCCGAUACUUAUAAAAAUCAUUGUUAAAAUUCAUAUCACCUUUCAUGUUGCAAGUGUAUAAAACAUCUAUAAAGACAAUCACAAAUUUUCCCAGU